AAUAUCGUUGUCUCCACAGGGCACGUUCUGGCUCCGCAUAAUUUACCCCGGACUUGUGGGCAGCCAAGAUGGUUAGGUUGUUUUGCCGUGCAUAGGGAGAACCGAUGACCUGGUUCUGCAUAUAUUUCAUCCCCCGUCGAUCACUUCGAAUCCCUCAUGCAUAUUCAAUAAGCAUCGUCUCAACUUCUUUUCUUUCGUUCUCCUCAUAGUAUUUUCAUCUCGAUCAUCGUCAACACAUCAUGACUGACAUCGAGAAGGCCCAUCAUGGCCAAACCGAGAUCACUCCUACUCCUGAGAUUGACUCAGAAACUGGCCACAAAUUGGAGACCGUCGAUACUGUCCAUCAGGAUGAGGCAAUGAAAGUGCUUACCGCCUAUCAUGGUGAAGAGACAUGGACACCACAGGAAGAGAAAAUCGUGCGGAGGAAGAUCGAUUGGAAGUUGCUGCCAGUUCUCUGCAUAACCUAUGGGUUGCAAUACUACGAUAAGGCUAUGCUUUCACAGGCGGCGCUGUUUGGUCUUCGCACUGAACUUCAUCUGACGACCGGAAACCGAUAUUCCUUCUCCGCCGCUAUCUUCUACCUAGGCUUUAUCGUCGGCGCGUAUCCGGCUAUGGUUCUCGCACAGAGAUUUCCCAUCGAAAGAGUAGCAUCAGCAAUUGUUGUUGUUUGGGGAAUCUGCCUUAUCCUUACGACGGUGUGCCAUAACUACCAGGCUCUGUAUGCCCAAAGAUUUUUCCUCGGACUCCUCGAAUCAGGUAUCAGUCCUAUGUUCAUGAUGAUUGUGGGAAGCUUUUACAAAAAGGAUGAACAGGCCUUGCGCAUGGGUGUUUGGUACUCAUGCACGGGCUAUGUCUCUAUCUUUUCCCCGUUGUUCAACUACGGACUUGGCCAAAUCAAGGGGCCUUUGAGAUCGUGGAAAUACAUGUACCUGUUCGCCGGCUCGAUCACCAUACUCUGGGGUGUCGCCCUCAACUGGGUGCUCCCCCCUGACCCCGUCCGGGCCAAGGGCUUCGACGAGCGCCAGCGCUAUAUCUCUGUUGCAAGACUCCGAUCAAACAAUUCUGGUGUGCGAAAUACUCAUCUCAAAGUCGAGCAAAUUGUCGAACUUCUCCUCGACCUUCGGUUCUGGCUGGUCUUCGCAUCUGCCUUCCUUAGCAUGAUUGCAAACGGUCCGAUCUCCACUUUCACUCCCCUCAUAAUCAACAGUUUCGGCUUCAGCACCCUCAAUUCACUCCUCCUCGUCAUGCCAUCGGGCGCCUAUGCUGGAACCCUCUUCCUCGUCGUACCUUAUCUAUGCUACAAGUUUCCCAACAUCCGCACGUGGUGCGUCCUUGGAUGCCAGCUGAUGACAACACUUGCUGCGUUGCUGCUUUGGAAACUACCGAUGAACGCUACGGGAGGGUUGCUGUUCGCCUGCUAUAUUCUGCCCUCUCUUGGAGGCGGCUAUGCAGUUCUUAUGGGUUUGCAAAUUGCCAACACCGCUGGAUAUACGAAGCGUUCGGUUGCUUCAUCAGGUAUCUACAUUGGCUACUGCUUGGGCAAUGUCGUUGGACCGCUCGUCUUCAAGCCGUCAGACGCCCCACGCUAUCCAGAAGGCUUCACUGUUGUAACCGUGACAGCCAUCAUUUCAGGCCUUCUAGCCGUAGUAUAUAGAUACUACUGUAUCUGGGAGAAUAAGAAACGUGAUGAAGCCGGCAUGCUAGAAGGAUUCGACAAUGCUUACGACGAUGAUUUGACCGAUAAGAAGAACCCCCAGUUCAGGUAUAUCUUGUAG